AUGGACGCAGCCAUCGCCGCCGCCGCCGCCGCCGAAGCCGCGUUGAAGUCGACCUCCCCCUUCGAGACAGGAAUCACCUUUACAAAGACGAUCCACAGAGAGCCGUACCCAACCAUCUCCCCCUCCCGCCCCGAGCUCUCCCAGGCCGGCCGCACCGUCCUCAUCACCGGCGGCUCCAUGGGCAUCGGCUUCGCCAUCGCCAAGGGCUUCAGCCAGGCCGGGGCCAAGCGCGUCAUCAUCCUCGGCCGCCGCCAGAACCUGGUCGAGGAGGCCGUAUCGGACCUCCGGAAGGAGUUUCCCAAGGUCCAGUUCGACGGGCUCUCGAGCGACGUGGACGACCUCGCCGACACCGAGAAGCUGUGGAAGGGCUUCGAGGAGGACGGCACCGUCAUCGACGUCCUCGUCCUCAACGCCGCCAAGAUCUCGACCGGCGGUGCCAUCCUGGCGCUUGGGAGGGACGACGUCUGGAGCUCCUACACCAUGAACGUCCGCUCGCUGCUGGACCUCACGGAGAGGUUCUACAAGCAGAAGAACGGCGGGGGUCGUCAAAAGUUCCUCGUCAACGUGUCCACCGAGGCCACUCACAACUUCACCAAGGCAGGCCCGUGGCCGGCCUACAGCGCCAGCAAGAACGCCGGGACGAUCCUUAUCCAGCUGAUCGCCAAAGACACGCCGCCGGAGGAGAUGCAGGUCGUCAACUUCCAUCCCGGGGUGGUGCGGACCUCGGCCUUCAUCAACGCGGGCAUCCCCGAGGAUUUCUAUCCGUUUGACACUGCGAGCCUGGGAGGGAACUUUGCCGUCUGGGCCGCGUCCGAGGAGGCGCGCUUUUUGCACGGCCGUUUCGUCUGGGCCAAGUGGGACGUCGAGGAGCUGAAGACGGGCGAGAUCGGGGAGAAGAUCCGGAAGAACGACCACUACCUCAAGGUGGGUGUUGUCGGACUUCAAGAGUAA